UGACGUCAUAUUGUGGAAUGGCCGGGAGGAGGAAAGAGUUUACGAGGGAAAUUGAUGUGAAAAUCAGCGUCUGUUUGUGAACGAGAACUAGCUGAAUAUUUAUGCUUGGCUUAAACCAGCAUAGACCGCUUAAAGAAAGGUUAUUCAGGUGCGUAGCUGUGAAAGUCUGUCAAGUUCAAUGCAAGUCUUGUAAUUGUACAACUUUGUGGUAGCUGCAUAUGCUGAGAAUCCAAGAUGUCUUCGUUCUUGAAACAACUAUUCCCCUUCAUGAAAGUCAAGAAAAAGAAGGAGUUUUCCUACAUUAUUCGUGGAGUAGACCCUAAUACUAUUUGGAGUCUUGUUGGCGAAUUAGGAGAUGGUAGUUUUGGAAAGGUUUAUAAGGCGGAACGCAAGACAGAUGGUGUUCUGGCAGCUGCUAAAAUCAUUGAUGUUAAGGAUGAAAGUGAGCUGGAUGAUUUUAUGGUAGAAAUAGACAUUCUGAGUGAGUGCAAACACAAACAUGUUGUGGGAAUGUAUGAAGCUUACUACCAUGAAAAUAAAUUAUGGAUGAUGUUGGAAUUUUGUUCUGGUGGAGCCUUAGAUGACUUAAUAUUAGAACUUGAACGAGGUCUUACUGAAGAGCAGAUCAAGAUAGUUUGUAAACAAAUGUUUGAGUGCCUCCAUUUUCUUCAUACUCACAAGGUGAUCCACAGAGAUUUAAAGGCUGGAAACUUGCUCCUCACAAAUGAUGGGAACAUUAAACUUGCUGACUUUGGUGUUUCUGCUAAGAACAAGAAAACAAUACAAAGAAGAACAACUUUCAUUGGAACACCUUACUGGAUGGCUCCAGAGGUUAUUGUGACAGAGACCUGCAAGGAUGAUCCGUACGAUUACAAGGCUGAUAUCUGGUCUGCUGGCAUUACACUCAUAGAACUGGCAGAGAUGCAGCCCCCUUACCAUGACAUGCACCCCAUGAGAGUGCUGUUCAAAAUACCUAAAGCUGACCCUCCUAUGCUGCAAUUUAGAAACAGAUGGUCCAAGGACUUUCAUGAUUUUCUUUCUCUUUGUGUGGUGAAGUCUCCAGAAAUGCGAUCCUCCGCAGCUGAUUUAAUUACACAUCCUUUUAUUGCUGACGUUGUUGACAAUAAACCCCUGAAGGAACUUUACAAUGAAGCCAAGGCUGUUGUGAUUGAGGAAUUUGAAGAUCUUCCUGAAGAUAAAGAGAAGAAAGGUAAAGACGAGCUAAAGGCUGCAGAGUCCACCGAGUCUUUGAACGAGAGUGAGGAACUGAGUAGUGAAACAGGCUCCAAGGAUUUUGAAAAAGAAGGAGAAGAGCGAGAGAAAGAGCUUGAAGAAUCUACAGAGAUUGAAAUAGAAGAAGAAACAAAGGAAGGUGACGAGGAGAUCAAGGAUUAUGUAGAGGAGAGUAAGGAUGAAGCAGAGGAAAAGGAGAAAGAAGAAGAGGAAGAAGAAGUAGGGGGUGCAAAGGAAAAAACCGACCAGGAAAAACAGGUGGAAGUAAUAACUAAGGAAGGUGAACCUGUAGAGAAGGAAGAAGUUUCAGAGGAAGCGAAGGAGGACGAAGUUCAACAAAAGGCAGAGGAUGUAGAAGAGGAAAAGGAGAAGCCAGGAGAGGAAAAAGAGGAAGUCCAAGAGAGGGAAGAGGAAGCUGAGGGGAAGAGAGAUGGGGCUGAAGAAGAAAAAGAGGAAGUGGAGGAAAAGAACGAUGAAGCCCAAGAGACAAUAAUAGAUGAAGCCGAAGAGAAGAAAGACAAAGUUGAAGAAAAGACAGAAGAAAGAGAAGAAAAAGAAAAGAAGAAAGAAGAGAAAAGACAGAAAUUUUUCAUCAGCGUCGGCAAAGCUGAAGAGAAACCCGAGGAAAGUAAUAAGCAGAGAGAGGUAGAAGAUAUUGAGAAGGAAGUGACUGAAGAUAAGACGAAGGAAGCCGAAGAAAAUAGGAUAGAAACUGAGCAGAAGGUUGAAGAAAUGGAUGAUAAGAGGAAGGACGUGAGCGAGGAGACGAGAACAGAGCCAGAACCAGAGGAAGGAGUAUCUGAGGCAGCUGUUAAGGAGAACGAUGUUUCGGCCGAAGGAAAAGAAAAACAAACUCAGCAAGAGAGAGAUAAAUAUUCGGCACGUUUAGACAACAUCUUAGACAGCCUAGAAGAAGACGAACAAGCACAUCCGGCAGCUGAAGGGGAAGAAGCGCUGGUUUCUCAAGACAAACGGGAGGACGAUGGAAAACACGAGGAGGAGAAAACCACUGCUGUUCAAGAGGACGUAGAAAAGAAAGAAGGAGAAGAAUCCGGUGAAACUGAAGAAAAAGCCACAGAAGAUGAGGCUAAAGAAACAGAAGACGAGAUCGAAGGAACUGACGGCGUAACAGAGGAGGAAAACAAAACUGAAGAUAAGGAGGAGUUGGAUGUUAACGAGAAGGCUGCAAUACCUAACGGUGAUGUGUUGAUAGAGGCAGUUGGCAAGGAGAAAAAGCCAUCCAGCGGCACAGAAGAGAAACAAGAAGCUACUGAUGGCCCAGAGGAGAAAAAUUUCAAAACACUGAAAAGGAUUCGUAAGUUUGAAAAGGAUGGCAAGAUAGUGACGGAGACGACAUCACGAGUGGUGGACGUGAGCCAGGAGGAUUACAGAAAUGCUCAAAUGAAAGAACAGCAACAGAGAAAAGUCAAUUUGCGCGAGAUGAAGAUUCUCCAGCGCGAGGAACAGAAACAAGGCAUGCUGCUCAUGGCCAAAAUUCGUCGGCAGUGGGACGCUCAGGAGCAACGAUUUGAACAGGAGCUGCAGGAUUUGGAUAAGAAGUAUGAGUUAGAUUUGGACACGUCGAGUAGGAAUCAGAAGAAGGAAAUUGAAAAACUUGAACUAGCGCAGAAUGCUGAUCUGCGCACUUCGUCACGCAAGAUGAAGCAAGAUCAGGAGAAAGAACUGAGGAGAUUCAGGGACAACCUCAGAGAAGAACAGAAGUCUGCUAAGAAAGAGGUGGAUCAAAUGCCAAGAAAUCAAAGAAAAGAAAGUUGGAGAAAGAAGAAAGAAGAGAUGGAAGUCUCACAACGGCAAGCUGAACAUGAGUUCUUAGCCAUGCAGCGGGUGGAGUUUGAGAAAUUUUGCAAAGAGCUGAUUGAGUUGCACCGUGAACGGAUGUACAACCUAGAAAUGCAGUUCCUAAAGGCCAAACACAGCCUCAAGAGAGGUCACGAGGCAGAACUGUGGGAGAUAGAACAGCGGCAGCUACACGAGAGACACCAGUUAGCCAGAACACAACUCAAAGAGACUUUCUUUUUACAAAGAUCACAGAUGCUGAACAGACAUAAAAAGGAAGAAGAACAGCACACUCGUCUUACCAAGCUUAAGGAAGAAGAAAUGAAAAGACGUCACGAUAUCGAGAAAAAACGGCUCCCCAAGAUACAAAGGGACGAAAUCAAGAGCAAGACACAACAAUACCGCAAAUCACUAAGGAUAGAGAAGAGAAUGUCCGUCGAUAUUGAACGAGAAAUGAUGAAAGAGUUUGAACUGAUGGAACGUAAAAGAGCUCGUACAGAGUUCGAGAAAAUGCUGUUCCGUCAGGAAAUGGAGGCUGAGGAGCUUCGCAUCUCCUCUGAAUCGGCCCUCAAGGAGUUACAACAACUACAGAACGAAAAGCGCCAUAUGUUAAUGGAAAGCGAGACGACGAAGUUAAAAGAACGAGACGAGAAACAUCAAACGCAGUUAGAGGCCUGGAAAGCCGAACUUGCACCAAGAAAGAAGACGCUUGAAGAGGAAUUCGCGCGUGAGGAACGCGAACAGCAGUUGUUUUACGCGCGAAAUUCGACCGAUUACCCAGUCUCUCCGGGAACGCCGACUAAGGAAUCAGAAGAAGAACCUGGGGAGAUUCAGGUAGAUGGAGAGAAAACUCCAGAGGACAAUAUAUCAAGUAAAUCAUCAUCUGGAUCCAUGGAAGUUUAGUUCUGAGCUUUGUAGUUCUUGUACAGUUUCUAUUCUGUAUGAUUGUGGAUUUUACAGUCAAUUGAAACUAAGCGAUAUCAUGACCGGUGGCUAACUCAGAACCCAGUUUACCCGGGAAGGCGGAGAAAUCAAAGUAGCUAAUAAAUUGUUGAUCGUUGUAUUGGCUAAUUGCUUAGAAAACUAACACAGAUGUCAAAAAGUAUAGAACAUAAAUAAAUAACGACUGGGAAAGGACCUGUGCGUUUGGCUGAGGAGCAAGUACCUAUCGUUCGGUAUCCCGCGCGCCUUCAUUCAGCGGUUUUUGUCGCAGACGUUGCUAGGCAACAUGACGUAACCUGCAGGAUAACAUUCGGUCAACCUCGUUCUCAGGCUCUCUUUCUCCUUUGCCUCAGGGAGGCAGAGAAGAGAGAGCCUCGGAUCGAGGUUGAAAUUCGGUGUACUCGCAAAUUCCAAGUUGAGUUUUAUUGGCUAUUGAGAUUCGGAAACUGUUCGGGUAUUCGCUCCACUGACUGCCUUUUCCAGCAGUUAUUUAUAAGUAGUAUGCAAUUGAGAAAUCAAGCACGGAGGGUGUAAAUUUCUAUAUUGAGCUCGGGGUUUGGGGAAUUACAAAGGUAACGCUAAUGAUAGUUAAAAGAUAGGAAAAUAUAUGGAUUAAUGCUUAGCUGUAAGUCUGGAUACUUAAUUACAUUAUAUAAUGGGGCAGUAAGCCAAUCAGAAUACACGAGAGAAACUCGCACGCGGUAAAGAUAGUGGGGAAUCAGCUGAUUGGCUAAACAGAUGAUAUCUGAGCUCUGAUUUGUUGGGGCGUUCUAAAAUAUUGAAUGAAUUUCUUCUCCCCCUGCGUGAACAUUAUUUUUCAUUCGUAAGGCAAUCCCAUCCUUUCCAACUACAAGUCGAUAGAAAAAUCUGUGUAGAAGUCUAAACUACCCGCCAUUUGAUUGAUUACAUACAUUUGAGCCAAGACUCAAAAGAACAUUUUCGCAAAGUUAUUGAUUGUAUGAUAGACAGAGGGAAUUUUCACUAAAAUUUAAGUUUUCGCUAUUUAUGAUUUUGUUUCAUUGUGAUUUUCUCGUACGUUCAUAGAGCUUCGACUGUACCUUGCUGAUUCGUUUUGUUCCUACAUUUUCAUAAUUUCUUUCUCUCUAUUCCGUGGAAGAUUUUCCUUUCACUUUUAGAGGUGUAAGUGCUGCGAUAUAAUUGAAGGGUGGUGAGUUUCGUCGCUUUGCGCAUGUCACUAACCGGCAGGUUAUAAGCAGACAUAACCAGUCUUAGUGUAUCCUGUUCUUAACUGGCAUGUGUAGGUAUGUCUUACGUUCAUCAUUUCGGUGUUUCUCAACCUUGGUGAACUUACUGCCGGGUUUUUUUCUUCAAUUUGAAGAUAAUUUUAUUUCUCACGUAAAAGCCCGAGACAGCAAGUCCAAAAUUUUUGCUUUUAAUAACGAAGAAAACAUCCUUCUUACUUUGUUUUCUGUAAGCUUAAGAUAACAGGCCUGUUCUCUAUUGAGUGCCCCGAAAGAUGGAGGUCUGUUUUCUUAAUAUGCCUACUAUUAAAUGUGUCCACGAUUUGGCGCAAGUAUUUACUAUUUAGGGAUCUCUAUUCCCGUCUAACGAUUAUUUUGUCCAGUGCUAGCAGUAGUUGUUGAGACGAAUACUGGAAACAGCAGAGCAGCGCUCUCGUAGACUAUCUCCUAAAACUGGAUUGGGGAGGUCAAUAAAGAACAUAGAUUUUUAACUGAAUCAAAUAAACAGAUUAAUACUUA